AUGAGUCAAACUAUCCUUGGUUUGUUGAGGGAACAAAUGGACGCUGUAGAUGGAGGCCCUCGCAGGAGGCGCAGUUUCAAGGAACGCUUCGGAUUCAUCGCCAUAGGUUGUUGUGGGGCCACCUGGGGAUUCCGUUCAACGCCCUUAACCGUCAGCGACAGCGAACAACAGCCCAAUCAACAACAACAACAACAACACCUUAUGGAAACGGAUCGGGGUCAAGGGUCGGGGGCGCACUGCGUGGGCCCGGCUCCGGCGGGUGCCAGUAUGAAUCUGGCGACGGCGUUGGCGGCGGAGCGACAAGUUCGGGGACCGGAGGAGGAAGCGGGUAGGGUGCCGGGCACGCCAUGGAGGGUGUCGCUGAUGAGGCUGUUGGAGGAGACGGAGGGUGGGGAUGCGGAGGAGAAAGGAGGAGGAGCUGUGGGGAAUGAUUCGGUGUGCUGCGUGUGCAUGGGGAGGAAGAAAGGUGCAGCGUUCAUCCCAUGUGGGCACACUUUUUGCAGGGUGUGUUCCAGAGAAUUGUGGCUUAAUCGAGGGUCUUGUCCCCUUUGCAAUCGUUCCAUCCUCGAGAUUCUCGACAUUUUCUAG